AUCCAAACCCACAAACACACUCACCACCUUCAAGUUAACCUCUCAAACCCGACACAGAGAGCAUAAAUGGGUUCCGAAUCAUUGGUUCAUGUUUUCUUGGUUUCCUUCAUCGGCCAAGGCCAUGUGAACCCACUCCUCCGCCUCGGCAAGCGCCUCGCUGCCAAAGGCCUCCUCGUCACCUUCUGCACCGCCGAAUGUGUCGGCAAGGAAAUGCGCAAGUCCAACGGCAUCACCGACGAGCCCAAACCAGUUGGAGAUGGAUUCAUCCGCUUCGAAUUCUUCGAAGACAGAUGGGCCGAGGACGAGCCAAUGCGCCAGGACCUCGACUUGUACCUCCCGCAGCUCGAGCUGGUCGGAAAGGAAGUCAUUCCUGAAAUGAUCAAGAAAAACUCCGAGCAAGGCCGCCCUGUCUCGUGCCUCAUCAACAACCCCUUCAUCCCUUGGGUGUGUGACGUUGCAGAGAGUCUAGGGCUUCCUUCGGCCAUGCUUUGGGUUCAAUCCGCUGCUUGUCUCGCUGCCUACUAUCACUACUACCAUGGGUUGGUCCCCUUUCCUUCAGAAUCGGACAUGUUUUGCGACGUUCAGAUUCCAUCUAUGCCGCUGUUGAAGUACGAUGAGGUACCCAGCUUCUUGUACCCUACUAGUCCUUACCCGUUUUUGAGGAGGGCCAUUUUGGGACAAUACGGGAACUUGGAGAAGCCCUUCUGUAUAUUGAUGGACACUUUCCAAGAACUCGAGAGCGAGAUCAUCGAGUACAUGGCUUGUUUGUGCCCGAUCAAGGCUGUUGGUCCUCUCUUCAAGAACCCGAAAGCCCAAAACGCUGUCCGCGGCGACUUCAUGAAGGCCGACGACUCCAUCAUCGGCUGGCUCGACACCAAGCCUAAAUCAUCUGUCGUGUAUAUUUCAUUCGGAAGUGUGGUUUACUUGAAGCAGGAGCAAGUGGAUGAGAUUGCUCACGGGUUGUUGAGCUCCGGAGUUUCUUUCAUAUGGGUGAUGAAGCCCCCACACCCUGAUUCCGGCUUUGAACUUCUGGUUCUGCCGGAAGGGUUUUUGGAGAAGGCAGGAGACAGAGGCAAAGUUGUGCAAUGGAGUCCACAAGAGAAGAUUUUGGAGCAUCCUUCGACGGCUUGCUUUGUGACUCAUUGCGGGUGGAACUCAACCAUGGAGUCACUCACCUCAGGAAUGCCCGUGGUGGCAUUCCCACAAUGGGGUGACCAAGUGACCGACGCCAAGUAUUUGGUCGACGAGUUUAAGGUGGGAGUAAGAAUGUGCCGUGGAGAGGCCGAAGACAGGGUGAUCCCUAGGGAAGAGGUAGAGAAGUGCUUGCUGGAGGCGACCUCGGGGCCCAAGGCGGCGGAGAUGAAGCAAAACGCCUUGAAAUGGAAGGCUGCGGCUGAGGCGGCGUUUUCCGAGGGAGGGUCGUCGGACAGGAACCUCCAAGCCUUUGUGGACGAGGUUAGGAGGAUCAGUGCUUCCCUUAACAGUAAGUCAUCAGCUGUCGGUUAUGUCAAGUCAAAGAUCAAUGGAGUUGUUGAGUAUGUUGACUCAAAGCUGAAUGGAAAGGCUGCACCAGUAGAAGGGGCAAAGACAAGGACAAAUGGAAUCGCUAAGGUCGAAGAGCCUAAGGCAGCUAAUGGUAAGGUUGAAAUCGCUGAGUUGACGCCCAUCAAUGGAAAGGUUGAAAUCGCUGGGUUGAAGCCCAUCAAUGGAAAGGUUGAACUAGUCGAAUCGUAAAGGGGUGGUUUUAGCUAAUAUAUUUUACAGAAUUAGUAUGGAUUAUGGAAUAACUGAAAUACCAUCAGUUGUGGUAUGCGUUAUUUACAUCUUUUUUUUCUUUUUGAUCUUUUCAUUUUUAUAUAUUGUGGUCUAUAAGGCGUCUAGGGAUCAGACGCUUCUUCUUUAUAGUCUCAUUUUGUAUCUUGGAAUGUAACUCAUCAUCUAUUCUAAUUACUCUUCUUAUCUACCUA